AUGUCGGGCCCUGUAAAUUUUGAGUCUAAUGCGGAAUGCUCUUCAAUGUUAGCUCUUGUUUCGACCAUCACCGAGUGUGUCAUGACACUUUCAAGUAGCUCUUCAAAUAGCCAAAGCUCCAGCGGGGAGUUCUUGAUGCGAACGCCGCUGUAUACGCCAGGAAACUCCGACUCUAGACAAGCUACACUCACGGACGCUCGUGUCAGAUUACGUGAAGCGUGUGAUGAGUUGCUUUACCUCGCCAACGGCCCCCAUGAGCACUUGAUGACAAUAGCUCAGGCUCAUCGUAUCGAAGCUGCUCUGCAAUACGCCACUCAUUUCAACCUGGCGCACCACGUGCCCCUCGGUCAAGAUGGCAGCUCCAGUAUCUCCUUUGGCGAUUUGGCCAGCAAGUCAAGUGUGCAGACCGAACAAUGCACACGCAUCAUGCGGCUCCUGAUCUCAUGUCACAUCUUUUGGGAGCCGACGGCGGGGUGCGUAGCACACACAGCGGCAUCGCGUCUGCUUUGUGAUGUACAAAUCGGUUCUGCCGUCAGUUACUACACCGACGAGUCGUUCCGCGCGGCCUCAUUCUUGUCCGAGGCGUGUGAGCAGUGGCCAAUUACUGAAGAACGAAACCACACAGCCUUGAACUUGGCGUUUAGAACAUCGCUUCCCAAGUUCGAGUUCUUCGCAACGGAGCCAUGGCGUGCAAGGCGUUUCAUGCAAGGUAUGGCUGGCAUGGCAGCAUCUGAGCGGUUCAGUCUGGAACAUCUGGUGGAUGGCUUCGAUUGGGCCUCGCUGCCCCGCGGAGCUACUGUCAUCGACAUUGGUGGUGCGAAUGGACAUGCUUCGAUGGCAGUUGCCGAGAAAUUUCCACAACUGCAAUUUGUGGUACAAGAUUUGAAGUCGGCAUUUAACGAGCGUGAGCUCCAUGACCAUUUGAAGAGCAGAGUGCGGUUCAUGGAGUAUGACUUUUACUCACCGCAGCCUGUUACUGCGAGCGUCUACAUCCUCAGAUGGAUCCUACACGAUUACCCGGACAAGUACGCUGUGAAGAUAUUACGGUCGCAGCUUAACUCCAUGCAGCCAUAUUCGAGACUUCUUAUCAUGGAUGGCAUAAUGCUUUCACCGGGGAAGACGGGCAAGGUGGAGCAGCGUAAGGCGAGGUUUGCUAAUGAAGAAAAGGGUACUCGACAUAGCCAUGAUGACACUUUUGAACUCCUCGGAGAGGAGCCUCGAGCGCUGGUCGAAUUUAUUUCAGCUGGCAAGCCCACGACUUGA